UUAGAUCUGUAAGGGCUACAAGUUGACAACCCAACAAGAUACAGGUAAAAAAAAAAUGCCUUGGAUGUUUUUGUGGCACAACAGUUCGACCGAAAUGACAGACAACCAUGAGGCUGCAGAAGGCAAGGAUCAUAAGAAGAAGACGAAAACUUUGGGCAUAGAACUGAAAAACUUUUUGUUGUCUGUUGUACCACACAUAGAAUCAGCUGUUAUCAGUAACCCAAAUUCUAAACAUGAAACGCUUUCUGCAGAAGAAGUUACACAGUGGUCUCAGUCUCUAGCAGCGCUUCUGUCAACUCAGUACGGUCAAGAUGCUUUCAGAGAAUUCCUGAAAACUGAGUUCAGUGAUGAAAACAUUGAUUUUUGGCUGGCUUGUGAAGACUACAAGAAAACCCAGUCUGACCACUUACACGACAAGGCAGAGAAGAUUUACAUGGAGUUUGUCCAGUCAGAUGCUAUUAAGCAGAUCAACAUUGACUUCCAUACAAGAAAAGCUACAGCUCAGAAGGCUCAAAAUCCAACACCCUCUAGCUUUGAUGAAGCACAGAAAAUUGUAUAUGUACUUAUGGAGAAGGACUCCUACCCUAGAUUCCUCAAAUCCAGAUUCUACCUUAAUCUAUUAAGCAAAGUUCAAUGCAACAGUCUGAAGUGAAAGGACGACUCAAAUUUCUCUGGUUAAAAAUCUGAAGUAUCACUGGGAUGGAAAGUAGGGAUUGGGACUAACAGGAAAAGUGGAAACUUCAUGAAACAAGGACAGGUCUACAAGAGGCACCCAAGCUAAAAUCUCCCUGGACAAGAGUGUGAAAUAGAGAUUAUAUUGCCUUGACAGCAGUGACCUGAGGAUCACUUUUCAUGUUAUCGCAUUCUU